CCCUCCCUGUCAGUCCUCCUAGUUUGCGCUGCCCGAGGUCCGAGUCUUGUAGCAAGAUGGCGGAGCUGGGCUCGGGGUGACAAGACAAGAACAGAAAGAAGCGGCCAGCUCUCGUUCUCUUCCCGUCUGACACGUCGUGAGGCCCCGCACGGCUGUAGCUGACUGUAACCUCCCUCCAGCGAGACUGCUGUCCGUCUGACACCUUGUAGUAGGAGGUCUGCCCCGUGCCGCACUCAUUCAUAUAGGAGAUCGGUGCAGCCUGGAUGUGUGGAUGGCCCGGGGGCCCACCUUGCUGGACUAGUUGUGUGCUUGUUUGAUUGUGCCGGGUUCUCGCAUGAGUUCCCCGGACCAGAGGAGGCGGCAGGAGAGAGAGGGAGUCCCGGAGCCCGAGGACAGGAGACACAGCCCCUGCAGCAGCCCGGAGAACAGUCCCGGGGGACACAGAUCACCAGGAGAUCCUAAUUCUGAAAACCUAGAAAAUAGCCGAAUGAAGCGAGCCGCUGCAAAGCAUCUAAUAGAACGCUACUACCACCAGUUAACUGAGGGUUGUGGAAAUGAUUCCUGCACGAAUGAGUUUUGUGCUUCCUGUCCUACUUUUCUCCGUAUGGAUAACAAUGCAGCAGCCAUUAAGGCCCUCGACUUAUAUAAGGUUAAUGCAAAACUCUGUGAUCCUCAUCCCUCUAAGAAAGGAACCAGCUCGUCUUAUCUAGAGAACAACUCCAAAAGUGCCCAUAACAACUCGUGCACGGAGAGAAAGAUGAACAAGAAGGAAAUGCAACCCAGGGAAGACUUUAAAGAUGUGAGUUUCUUGUCUGAAGAGAAGGUAUAUGAAAUUCUUGAGUUAUGUCGAGAAAGAGAAGAUUACUCGCCUCUGAUCCGAGUGAUUGGCAGAGUGUUUUCCAGCGCCGAAGCCUUGGUUCAGAGUUUCCGAAAAGCAAAACAACAUACUAAGGAGGAGCUUAAAUCCUUGCAGGAAAAGGAUGAAGACAAAGAUGAGGAUGAAAAGGAGAAAGCUUCUUCAUCUGCUGCUAUGGAAGAUGACUCUGCAGCUUCUUCCUCCAGGUUAAGCGACAGUGCCCAGGGAGAUAACAACAUACCGAAAUUAGGCCCAGAAGAAGUUUCUCUAGACAUCGAAGCAGUAAGACGGGUCUAUCACAGGUUACUUUCUAAUGAGAAAAUAGAAUCUGCCUUUCUUAAUGCACUUGUCUACUUGUCUCCCAAUGUGGAAUGUGACUUAACUUAUCAUAAUGUAUAUUCUCGGGACCCAAAUUAUCUCAAUUUGUUCAUAAUAGUAAUGGAGAAUUGUAAUCUCCAUAGCCCGGAAUACCUGGAAAUGGCUCUACCAUUGUUCUGCAAAGCAAUGAGCAAAUUGCCUUUGGCAGCACAAGCAAAACUUAUCCGACUUUGGUCAAAAUACAGUGCUGAACAGAUUCGCCGCAUGAUGGAAACGUUUCAGCAGCUCAUAACGUACAAAGUUAUAAGUAACGAGUUCAACAGCCGAAAUUUAGUGAAUGAUGACGAUGCCAUUGUGGCUGCCACAAAAUGCCUGAAAAUGGUUUACUAUGCAAAUGUAGUAGGGGGUGAGAUUGAGACAGAUCACAAUGAAGACGAAGAUGAAGAGCCCAUCCCAGAAUCCAGUGAGUUGACCCUCCAAGAGCUACUUGGUGAGGAGCGAAGAAAUAAGAAAGGGCCCCGGAUAGACCCCAUUGAAACAGAACUUGGUGUAAAAACGAUCGAUUGCAGAAAACCUCUCAUCCCUUUUGAAGAAUUUGUUAAUGAACCACUAAAUGAUGUUCUUGAAAUGGACAAAGACUAUACUUUCUUUAAAGUAGAAACUGAAAAUAAAUUCUCAUUUAUGACAUGUCCUUUUAUCCUGAAUGCUGUAACAAAGAAUCUGGGCCUCUAUUAUGACAACAGAAUCCGCAUGUAUAGUGAGCGACGAAUCACAGUGCUUUACAGUCUAGUACAAGGACAGCAGCUCAAUCCAUACUUGAGACUCAAAGUCAGACGAGAUCACAUCAUUGAUGAUGCUCUAGUUAGGCUAGAAAUGAUUGCCAUGGAAAACCCAGCAGACCUGAAAAAGCAGCUGUAUGUGGAGUUUGAGGGGGAGCAGGGGGUAGAUGAAGGAGGAGUAUCCAAAGAGUUUUUCCAACUAGUUGUGGAAGAAAUAUUUAACCCUGAUAUAGGCAUGUUUACAUAUGAUGAGUCCACAAAAUUCUUUUGGUUCAACCCAUCUUCGUAUGAGACUGAAGGACAAUUUACCCUCAUUGGAAUUGUUCUGGGCUUGGCAAUAUACAACAAUUGCAUCCUAGAUGUGCAUUUUCCAAUGGUUGUUUAUCGCAAAUUGAUGGGAAAAAAAGGAACAUUUCGUGAUCUGACAGACUCUCACCCUGUCCUGUACCAAAGUUUAAAAGAACUGUUGGAGUAUGAGGGCAGUGUUGAGGACGACAUGAUGAUAACUUUUCAGAUAUCACAAAAUGAUCUUUUUGGAAAUCCUUUAAUGCAUGACUUAAAGGAGAAUGGAGAUACAAUUCCCAUUACAAAUGAAAACAGAAAGGAGUUCGUUAGUCUCUAUACAGAUCAUAUUUUGAAUAAGUCUGUGGAUAAACAGUUUAAAGCCUUCAGAAGGGGGUUUCACAUGGUUACCAAUGAGUCCCCAUUAAAGUAUUUGUUUAGACCGGAGGAAAUAGAACUUCUAAUCUGUGGAAGUAGGAACUUGGAUUUUCAGGCGCUUAAAGAGACAACAGAGUAUGAUGGGGGCUACACAAGAGACUCUCAAAUUAUUCGGGAAUUCUGGGACAUUGUAUAUUCCUUUACCGAAGAGCAGAAAAGAUUGUUUUUGCAGUUUACAACUGGCACAGACAGAGCUCCUGUGGGAGGACUAGGUAAACUAAAGAUGAUCAUAGCCAAAAAUGGCCCAGACACUGACAGGUUACCAACAUCUCAUACAUGCUUUAAUGUCCUAUUACUUCCGGAGUACUUAAGCAAAGAAAAGCUGAAAGAGCGAUUACUAAAGGCUAUCACUUAUGCCAAAGGAUUUGGCAUGCUGUAAAAUGAAAAGGCAAAGAAAGCUUAUUAAAAGGGAUAACAGUUGAUAUGUUUUCCCUGUCCACAAAGGCCAUAAGAUAGUGAGCUACGUGUAGUCAACUGUAUGUGUACCUUCCUUCUCUGCUGGGACAAUGGGCUGGAACAGCAGAUCUCUGCUGCUUAUACGAACAAAGUUUUUCUUUUCCCUGCUCCUAGAGUGAAAGUGUUGUACAAUCUUUCACAAUUAUGUACAGAGAGGUUUUCCUGAAUAUUUAUUUUAAGGGUUAAAUCACUUUUGCUCGUGUUUAAUACUGCUAGAAUUUGAGCCUAUUUUGAGUCAUUGACGACCGAUACUCUUCAUGAUAUAUGCUAUCAUUUUGCAGACUAACUUUCAAUUAAAUGCUUCAGUUCAUGUCCCUGCAUCUACUCAAAUCAGGAAUUGUAUUUUUCUUUCCUUUUUCUUUUUUUUUUUUUUUUUUUUCUUCUUUUACUUUUUUUUUUUUUUUUUUUUUUUAAUACAGUUUGCUUUAUAAAACUUGAAUUCUUGGAAAACGGUGUGAUGCGAUUGCUGCUGUUCUAGCCCCUCGCAGUGUCUGUGACAAUGUAGUCAAUAAAGAUGGAAGGGAGUACUUGGAAUGUUAUACUACAGCCUUGCAAACUCUUUCCUUUAGCCACAGCACAAAAAAAGUAUACAAAUUAAAGAUAAAAAAGAAAAAAAAAAAAAUUUCACAAUUUUGUUGUCUUCACGUCUUGUAAGGUAUACUGUGUUUCAUUAGAAUAUCUUAUAUCUGGGUCUGUGAAAAGAGGGGGGGGUAGAAUCUAGCUCUGUUUUAAACUUUUUAUUUCAACAUGUGUUUACUGAGAAGUGCAUUUUUCAGCCAAACUGUUUGUGGUAGAUGGUGGGUUGUCAGAAAAACUAGAUCAUUUGUUGUACCCUAAAGAAAAUAUAAGCUUGUGGAAGUGCACUUAAAAUAAGAAUAAUAAUUGCAUAUGAAGUAAACAUUUUAAAUAGACAAUCCAAAGUCUUCCCUACGCAUUUGUCAAUACUCUUGUUUUAUUUGAGUUCCUAUACUCAAGGCACAUGGGCAGAAGUGAUACUGAAAUAGCAGGGAGUGAACAUUUCCCUGAUCACAGAACACAUAGUUUUAUUCAGGCUGAUCUCAUAAGUAUACAAUUUACUGCUCAGUUUUUUUUUUUAAUGAGAGAAAUUUUAAGUCUACCAUAAGACUUCCCUUGUUCUGCAUCAUUUUACAUGUAGGGGAGAGUCACACCAGGCAGACUAUACCCGAAUGUAUUUGUUUACCUUUCCUGAAUUUCUGAGUGUGUAUUGUUAAUACUUCUCAUGUUGCAAUAUGAAAUAAAGGGAUUAUCCAUUUUUAAUCUAUUA